AUGGUCACCUUCCAGUUUCAAUCUGUCCGCCUCUCUGCGCUGCGUGUUGUCACAGCUGGGUUUCGAUCUGCUCAUUCCUACUCUAACAAACGACCACAGAUAUCUCUUUAUCUUCAAACUUACAGGAUGGCAAGCUUUAUCCGCCGACCUCGUGACCCAAACACCUUGAGCAAUUAUACUGCCUGGGUGACCUGCCACACCACUGCUAACUUUGAAAUACUCUUUGAUCAAAAAAAGCUGGUUGGAAAUGUGACUCAUCAACUGAAGUCAAUGACCAAUGCCGAGUCUCAGGAGAUCAUCCUGGACUCGAGCUACUUAGACAUCACCGACGUCAAAGUAGACGGCCAGCAGUCGAAAUGGGAGCUUCUUCCCCGUGUCGAACCGUAUGGUAGUGCACUGAAGAUCCAGCUUGGCAGCGGUGUUGAGCUUGAAAAGACAGUAGAAGUUGAUAUAUCAGUCAAGACCACUGACAAAUGCACUGCACUCCAAUGGUUGACACCUGCUCAGACGUCUAACAAGAAACAUCCUUAUAUGUUUUCCCAAUGCCAGGCCAUUCAUGCUCGUUCUAUCUUCCCAUGUCAAGAUACGCCUGAUAUUAAAUCCACAUUUGACUUCAACAUCAAAUCCCCACUUCCUGUUGUUGCCAGUGGAUUGCCUCUUCAGAAACAGGGCUCUAAUGCACGGCCUGAGGACAAUGUCUAUAAAUUCCAACAGAAAGUGCCAAUUCCUAGCUACCUCUUCGCCCUGGCCAGUGGGGACUUGACAGAAGCACCCAUCGGGCCGAGAAGUCUCGUCGUGACCAGUCCGGACCAGCUAGAUGUGUGCAAAUGGGAGCUCGAAGCAGACACAGAAAAGUUUAUGGAAGCCAUUGAGAAAAUAGUCUACCCGUACGCCUGGGGCCAGUACAAUGUACUGAUUCUACCCCCCAGCUUUCCGUACGGGGGUAUGGAAAACCCGGUCUUUACAUUCGCAACUCCGACUCUUAUAUCCAAAGACCGAGAAAAUGUGGAUGUUAUUGCUCAUGAGCUUUCUCAUAGCUGGAGUGGAAAUCUUGUCACAAACGCUUCAUGGGAGCAUUUUUGGCUCAACGAAGGCUGGACUACUUACCUUGAGCGACGGAUACUAGGCGCUGUGCAUGGCGAGGCCUAUCGACACUUCUCUGCAAUUAUUGGGUGGAAAGGCCUGACAGAUGCCGUUGAGCACUUUGGCAAAGACCAUGAAUUCACCAAGCUAGUGCCUGAUCUAAAGGGAAAAGAUCCUGACGACGCCUUCUCACAAAUACCAUACGAAAAAGGUUUCAAUUUUCUGUUUCACCUCGAAAAUCUAUUGACGAAGGAAAAGUUUGAUCGGUUCAUCCCACAUUAUUUCACCGUGUUUAGAGGGAGGUCGCUUGAUUCAUACGAGUUUAAGACCGCGAUAAUGGAUUUCUUCUCAAAUGAUGCAGAGGCGUCAAAGCUCCUGAAAGAACUAGAUUGGGACGCGUGGUUCUACUCACCGGGUCUGCCGCCUAAACCAGCCUUCGAUACUUCUCUCGUUGACGUAGUAUACGAGCUUGCGAGGAAAUGGCGCUCUCUGCCAGAUUCAUCUUUCACACCUACGGAAGCCGAUGUGAAAAACCUCACGGCAAACCAGAUCGUUGUCUUUCUUGAACAAGUUCUUCUCUUUGAGGAACCCUUGACUCCUGAUCUUUCCCGGUUGAUGGGACAGGUCUAUGGAUUCGCGAAAAGCACAAAUAUCGAGGUUGCGAAUCUUUAUCUCCAAGUUGGGUUGAAAGCAGGUGACAAGACCGUUAUUGAUCCUACAGUCUCCCUGCUGGGUAGAGUUGGGAGGAUGAAAUUCGUGCGACCUUUGUAUCGGUGUUUGAAGAAAGUGGAUGAGCAGAUCGCAAUCGACACGUUCAACAAAUAUAGAGAUUUCUAUCAUCCCAUCUGUCGAGGCAUGGUUGAAAAAGAUCUCUUUGGAAAGAAGGAUGCGUGA